CUUUGUGCCCGCAAAUGCAUGCGUCUUUCUUCAAACAAAUUGCUGCUGCAUGCCAAUUUGUGCUGCCCAGCAGCUCUUUCCAAGUUGAACUUAUAAAUUUAAUUUUAAAGGGCGCAGAGCGGUACUGGGGGGUGGUUUCUGAACUUCGUUUCAGCUGACCAAUCGCACUGGCGGCCUUGCUGAGGUGGUCUUUCUGAAUCAUUGGCAUUGGUUUGGUUGCGGGCUUGCACGGGCAGCUUUGCUUCACCUUGCGCGCCGUCCAAUUUUGUCAGAGAGCUCUUCUUUGGACUUUACACUCCCCUCAACUCUGCUCCAACCUGACUGGCAAUAUCAGCGCCGCAGUCCUUGCAAGUCGGGGGCUCUCGUUGGCACACAACCCCUAAGCAGAGACCUAUGAUGACGUGCCUCACAGCGCAAGUUGGUACAGCCACAAUGCUGUCAGCAUUACUUGGCCGCAAUCCAUGCAGUUCACGAAAAGGGGCAGGAUGGGCCUUUGGUUCAAGCCGUAGUAUCUGUCUUCUCUGCCCCUCAACUUUCACGACAUCUGGACCAUGUCGGCGAGGAAGUAGAACGGCCCCUGGAAGAAAGGGGCUGAGGAGCCAAGCCGGGGAUGACAAGUCCAGCGCCGGUAACUCCCCUGAAGACGCCUUUCAGCGGGAGCUCAGGCGGCGGGGCCUGCGUCCUGAUGGCACCAAGGACCCGAAUUUCAAGGGACCAAAGACAGCAACCGAAGAAGGGGGUGCGGGGAAGCCGGACCCGCCGCCCCCGUUUGCGAAGUUACCGGAUCAGCUGGAGAAGUCUCGGAAGUUGAACAGCGAGGGUCUUGAGGGAUUGCUUCCAAGAGCCGGGGAGCUGCUGAAAUUGGGUACAACCUUUUUCUUAGCGUUUUGGCCGCUGGUAUUGACAGCCAUCGUUCUCUUUGGGGGAGCUUAUGCGGUCCUUGGUUCGAACUUUGUGCAUGGUGGAGAAAGAAGUCAAAACGCGGGUGCCCCAAAGUAUGUGGACCCAUACGAGUUGCUAGCACAAGAGGAGAUUAUGAGGGCUUAUCGGGAGGGCUAUAUUGAUAGGUAAGUGCAAAACCUGCUUGUGAAGUGGGCUAGAUACAUUGGAUUAUAUCUGUACAAAUGAGACCCUUGUCAUCGUCUUUUCGAAGUAAUUGAGACAAUCAUUUUCACCUUGUGAUUGCGGGCCUUCCCAAGGCCGAUGUAUUUGUAUAAAAUAUUACUAAAAUUGCCGGGAAGUGGAUUGAAGCCUGGACGCAUUCGUUCGAAGUUUGCAUGCGGG